AUGGCAGUAAAACACAUAGUCCAACCUCUCAGCGGUCUACUACUACUAGAUGAAGAGACCGAUGAAUACGAGGCUUUUUUGUCUGCAGAGUUAAAGAAGUUUCUUGACUCCAGCGAUACUCGAAAUCAACUCAGUGAGCUCAUAUUGGAUGAUAAGUUUGCCCAAGUCAGCAUGGUAAACGAAGUGGGAAGAACCCAAGCUGCAACAAGCAGUAGGGACUCCCUAGUCCAGCCUCGGCCCUUGGCCACCACCGAGGGUCACCAUCUUCUCAGGGAGCACAGACCAGGGACAACACAGUCGGCAAUAGCGGCUAAUUAUGAGGCAAAGAGCAGUGGUGCCUGCCAGGGUGUGUCACUGUUGGGUAUUUCAAACGAAGACAAAACACGUUUUUCAGGUAAAGCAGAAACUGGCAAGGUUGUUACAGCUAUACAACUUGCCCCUAGACUAGCCCCUACUCCUUCCUACCAUCAGUGCCUGCCUAAAAAGAGAUAUCCAGCGACUCGCAAGAAGAAGACAGUAUUCACAGAUUAUCAAAUGGAGCUCCUAGAGAUGACAUUCUCAAGCACUCAAUAUCCAAGCUCUGUUCUUAGACAACAGCUCUCAUACAUCAGUGGAAUUUCUCCCCAAACUCUACUGACAUGGUUUCAAAACCGCCGUGUGAGAUAUCGACGGAAAAAGGACCCAAAGACAUCAAAGAGGCAUACAUCCAGUAUUACAUCAGAGAAGCCACACACUUCUGUCAGUAGUAUCCCAGCCUCUGAUGAUAGCAAAGGAAUUUGCAAAUUACCCACUUUCACUCAUGAUGAAUGUAGCAGUAGGCCCCCUACUCCUCAUUUGAAGCCAACAUGUUGGUCAACCCAUACAGCUGCCCAGAAUGUGGAUGUUGCCAAUCCUUCUCCUGAUCACAUGCUCAAUGAUAGACAGCUUCAGACAGCCAAUCUUCAACAGAAGUACAACCUUGUCUAUCCAACUUCUCAGCCUGAAUCCCAGUUAGAUUUGACAGCACAGCAUCAUCACAUCAAGCCCUGGUACUCAACACUCAGCUCACAGAGGAUGAACCAGUCCAACCAGACAGACAGACAACAUCAUCACAUGCUCUCAUCUGCAGAUUGGCCUAAACAAAACUGUACUGUAAGUUACCAGCAACAGAAUAUCCAGUUCUGUUUAACAAACCAUGGAAGCAACCCCCAUCCAACCAGCCAUUCCACACAAGAACCUACUUACUUUGAAGAUAAUCUGAACCCCCCUCAAGGAUAUCCCUAUCAGUACUUCCCCCUGAGGUACCCUGGAGCAUCUCAGACCAGCAUACACAACUGGGACAUGAUCAACCAGCACUCCAUGCCUUCCUAUCAUCCACAGCCAGUCAUCCCACUAUCUACAACUUGUCACACAGUAUCAGAGACCCAACUACUCCCCAUUGUUGGGAGAUCCCAUGGUAAUCAACCUAACUUAGUUGAUGCCACACAGCGUACCCUACCCUCACAGCGCUACCUCCAACCCCAGUACUUGCCUACUUACUCUAAACCCUGUCAACAGAUUUUCAACGAGUAUUCUUCUCCAGGAGAUGGUCCAUACCCGGAAGACUUUCAGGGCUGCCCAAGUAUGGAUCCAUUCAACAUAGAAAUGAUCCAAACACAAGGUAGUCAACCAGUUAAUGUCCAAACAACUCAAGACCUACUUGAAUCUCAAACGUCAUCUUCAACACAAGUUCUCAUCUCUGAUCCAAGACAAGGGUCUUCUGAUAUUGCAUCUCCAGCUUGUAUAUAGACCUUGAUGAGCACUCUGAUGUUGAGUACCAGUAGAUUGUACAGUGCAAAUACAAUCCAGAGGCUGUUCAAAGUGGGCUGUUUUGCUGUGUAUACACUCAACUCCAGCUUAGUCUGAAACUGGAAUCAUAUUUUAAGUUAAAGUUGCAAAUUUUUUACUCCCAUAAAUGGCCGACUGUGUUAGUUCGCGC